AUGAAUCUUACAGCAAUGAACCAAACCGACGUCUGUCAGGAAUAUUGGUGUCCAGAGAGAUCUGUUUCUUUAUCUGUCUAUGUGAUUCUGUAUGUGGCCGCAGCGGCUGUGUCUCUUCUGACCGUGUGUGGAAACCUGCUGGUCAUCAUCUCUGUUAGUCACUUCAAGCAGCUCCACACACCUGCGAACAUCCUCAUCCUCUCUUUGGCUGUGUGCGAUCUCCUGGUUGGAGUUUUUGUGAUGCCGUUUCACUUAUCUUGGCUUAUUGAGUCAUGUUGGAUUUCAGGAUCAGUGAUGUGUUCAGUUUUCAGUUUUGUGACUUUUCAGGCGACAAGCGUGUCUGUUCACACUGUGGCUCUGAUAGCAGUUGAUCGUUUUUUGGCUUUAAGUUCUCCUUUUCUUUACUCUGAGAAGAUCUCACCCACUGUGAUCUGCAUAGCAACUUUAUUUAACUGGUUGUUUUCACUCUUUUAUAACUUCACUCUUCUUUUUGUUAAUGGAAACUUUGCUGAUGUCACGUGUCCAGGAAUAUGUAUUGCUAGUAUAGAUGGGGUUUCAUCCCUCAUUGAUCUCCUGUUUGUGUUUCUUAUGCCUUGUACACUCAUUAUAAUAUUAUACACUCAUGUUUUUGUCAUUGCUAAGAAACAUGCGACUGCUAUAAGAGCCCUUCAGGUUCACAACAGCACACAAUCCUCCAAAAACAGAGUCAGUGACAAAUCAGAGCGAAAAGCUGCCAUACUGCUGGGGAUUCUGGUCCUUGUGUUUCUCCUGUGUUUACUGCCAUAUUAUAUUUGUACUUUAGUGAGUUCAUAUGACAAUGCUGACAGGUUUUAUGUCAGAAAUGUUGCUGUAAUAUUUUUCUUCUUGAACUCCACCAUUAAUCCCAUCAUUUAUGCUUUAUUCUAUCCCUGGUUUCAGAAAAGUUUAAAGUUAAUUUUCACAUUUAAAGUGUUGAAUAAAGACUCAUCCCUGAUGAAUUUGCUCCAAGUCACUGAAUGA